AUGAUAAGAAGUCAUGGAUGGACAUUACUCAACAGAUUUUAUCCAGUGCGGAGCUUCACAAGAUACUCUAAGAUAGAUAUGACUUUUGAAGGAAACACUCAAGAUAUCUCUACUUCUAUCGAAGAGAGAAUGUCCACUGUGUUCGGAGGACGGCUAAAGGGUGAGCCACCAAGAUCUACAAGUAGAGUGCUAAGUGGUGGAAUGAAGAAAAUAGCAGGUGUACAAGUGCCUGCAAAACCGCAAGAACCUGAUAACUGUUGCAUGUCAGGCUGUGUAAACUGUGUCUGGGAGAUAUAUAGUGAGGAUCUGAGAGACUGGAAACAUAGAAGGAAAGAGGCUGCGGAAAAGAUUGCAGGGACUGAGGAGAGGUGGCCUAAAGACUGGAAUCCACCUUUGGGAUUGUUACAUAUGGAAAACGUCCCGAUGGAGUUACGUGAAAAGAAGCUGGAAAUCGAUAGUAGGAAAGCAGAACAACCUCAUGAUUUAUCCACUAUCAAAAGUUUGUUUCCUAGGAGGAAGGGGCCCCUGCCCAAAAGUGUCUUGGCAGCCAAGAGGAAAAAUAUUGCUUUGAGACACAAACAUGAACAAGAGGAGGGGGCAGACCAAACAGUCGAUGAAUUAGAUGCUGAUGAAGGCUGGGAAGAUAUUCCUGUUUACGUCAAAGCAUUUGCCGAGUUUGAAUCAAAGAAAAGAUUACAAAAGAUUCGCCGACAAGAAGAGCUAAAAAAAAGAACAGCUUUAGUUUGA